AUGUAUCGUCAGGUUAAAGUUGUGCCAAAACAUCAAAACUACCAACAUAUCCUAUGGAGAGAAGACAUAAAAGAGGUCAUUAAAGAAUAUAAAUUAACAACAGUGACAUAUGGAACUGCUUCUGCACCAUUUUUAGCAGUACGGGCGCUAUUUUAUAUCGCAGAUAGCUGUCCAAAUGAAGAAAUAAAAAAUAUUAUUAAACAAGACUUCUACAUGAAUGACCUUAUGACAGGAGCAGAUACUAUUUCUCAAUGUAAAUAUAUUCAACAUGAGACUAUGAGGCAACUUGAAAAAUACGGCUUCAAUUUAAGAAAGUGGUUACCAAAUAACUUAAAUAUAAUUGAUGACAUCAGCAAUUCUACAAAUAAUGCUGUGAUUCAAAUUGAAGAUGACGAAUCCAUAAAAACGUUGGGGUUGCAGUGGGAUCCAGUAUUAGAUCAAUUCAAGUUCAACAUAAACUUUUCACUAAAUGGCGAAUUAACCAAAAGACGUGCACUAUCCGAAGUAGCUAAAAUCUUCGAUCCAUUAGGAUGGUUGUCUCCAGUAACAGUAGUCGCAAAAUUAUUCGUACGGAAAUUAUGGCUAUUACAAUGUACAUGGGACGAAGAAUUACCACGCCCACAUUAA